AUGCUCGGAGCCUCGAUCCUUACAAUGGUACCUAUAAUGAAGGUUGGCGCCAACACCCCAACUUCUCCUAGAAUAACAGCAACAUCACUAAACCACCUGGUCUCCCAGCACCAACAGGUGGUUUUCAGCAGCGGCAGCCCUUCUAGGCCAGGCAGAGCCCAGCUCCACAGCAGUAGCCGUACCAGCCCAGACAGGGGCAGCCAUUCUAGCAGCCAUAAUGCCAGUAUGCCUAACCGCCAGCAGCCCCCAUCUCCAGAUACCCAAAUGACGGAGCUGAAAAAUAUUUUGCAGGCAUUCAUGACUACUAGUCAGACGAAUUUCGCGAGGAUGGAUCAGAACAUAACUUCUCUGAAGGCAGGCCAAAGGAACCAGGGUGCUAUACUAUAG